CAAAAUGGCGGCGCCAGGCGUCCAGGUGGCGCGGUAGGGCUUCCGAGGCGGUUGCCAUGGUAACGGUGGCGGUUUGGGGCCUAGUCCGCCGAAGCGCCUGGGCCUUGCGUGGAGCGGGGAUCCGGAGGAGGCCGGAGGGGCUCGUGGCUCGCUUGGGUUUAGAGAGCAGCGUGGGCUUCCUGGAUCCCUCCCCUCACAAAUUAGGCCUUCUCCGCAUUGGCUUCUACGGCAAUGACUCUGCUUUGGGCCACAUCCUGGGCCUCCCAAAGGGCGAAAACAAGGGCCUGGUGGGGCAGCAUCCUCCCUCCGUCAACGCCUUCGAAGAUGAUGAGGAGAGUGCGCUGGACCACGAGCCAGAUCAGCCAGAGUCCCCCAAAAUCCUCAGAGUCGCCAUCAUUGGGGCUCCAAAUGCCGGGAAGUCGACGCUUUCGAACCAGCUUUUGGGAAGGAAGAUCUUGCCUGUCUCCAAGAAAGUGCACACAACAAGACGGAGCGCCCAAGGCGUCGUUACAAAGGAGGAGACGCAGCUGGUGAUCUUGGACACGCCUGGCCUCACCACUCGAGUCAAAGCCCGAAGGCAUCACUUGGAGAAAUCCCUCCUCUUUGACCCCUUCAAGAGCCUCAAGGGAGCAGACUUAGUGCUGGUGCUGGUCGACGUGUCUGACCAUUACACCCGGAACCGCCUUUCGCCUCAAGUGCUCCGGGCCUUGGCCAACGUCCCCGACACCCCCAGCGUCCUGGUCUUGAACAAGGUGGAUUUGCUGAAGAAGAAAGAUAUUCUCUUGGAUCUGGUGGCAGACCUCACCCUCGGAGUUGUCGACGGGAAGCCGUUGCAGAUCAGGUCCAAAGUCUCCCGCAGAAGCGCCCCUCCUGAAGGGGACUCGGCCCCUGAGAGCGGAGCCAGGGAUGAUGGGUCCCAGAGGGGGACAGAGACUGGCAUUGCCAAGGGAGAGGGCCGCUUGGACCCUCCCAAAAAGAAGAAGCCUCAGAAGGGUUGGCCCCACUUCAGGGAAAUCUUCAUGUUGGCUGCCGUCGACGGAGAGGAUGUGGACACCCUGAAGAGCUACCUCUUGAUGCAAGCCAAGCCCGGUCCCUGGGAGUUUCAUAGUGAGGUCCUGACCAACCAGUCGCCGAAGGAGAUCUGCACAAACAUCAUCCGGGAGAAGCUCCUCGAGUAUUUGCCAGAGGAAGUGCCGUACAGUGUGCAACAGAGGAUGGAAGUGUGGGAAGAGGGGCCUGCCGGGGAGCUGGUCAUCCUGCAGAAUCUGGAGGUCCAGAAGGAGAGUCACCUGAAGAUGCUGAUUGGCCCCCGGGGUCACCUGAUCAGCAAGAUUGCACAGGAAGCCGGCCAAGACCUGAUGAACGCUUUCCUGUGCGAUGUCCGCCUGAGGCUCAGCGUCCAUCUGAAGGAGCGAGGAGGCGCCCAUUGACCCGAGGAAGGCCUUUUGGACGUGACUCAAUGGGCCCAGGUUUAUGAAUGGGGAAGGCGCACGGAACCUGGAAGUGUCUGUGCGCAAUAGUGCCAUGCCUCUAUGACUGCCUCCAGCCCAUUGGCUGGCUUUAGGAAGAGGAAGAUGGAAGGCGCCUUGACCGCUGUGUGUUCUCAAGGCCAUAGAGGUGAAUCGGCACAAGUUUGACCCCCACAUCCGGCUCUCAUUUGAAGGUGUGCUCCAAAACGAAACAAAACAAAAUUAUGUACACUGCUGUAUUUGUGAAUGCAGUGUGUAUAAUGUAUAUUAUCUGGCUAAUAGAAAUAUUGAUCAAUUAAAAAAAUAUUUGUAAUAAA